CUAAGGGAGUGAAGUUUCUUCCCAGUCGGUUAACAGCUCUUUACACAGACUUUUUUUUUUUUUCGUUUUCCUGCUAAGAGUAUUAAUUUGAUGUGUUAACAGGAAACAUCAUGUGAAGUUACAUGGAAGGGUAAGCUAAACAGCAAAGAGCUGUCACAGACACAAGUAGUGGCAGUCUCAGUUUAUUACUGUCACUGUGUGUUUGACUGUUGUAGCCACUGUAAAGGCAGCAGUGUGAGGGACAGAACAGCUUCUCCAGGACUACCCUGGCCAGAUUCUGUCAGAUCAGAAUUGAGGAUAUCUUUCAGGUAUUGAAAAGUAGGAAGCCUUUCAAGAUUGCUAACCAGACAGAUUAGCCUGGCCUCAGGAAGGGACAUUUACAAAGGUGUCGUGAUUCUAUCAAUUAGGGUAAACUGUCGUGUACUGAGGUGAAUAACUUCUGUAUGCAUAAGUCAUCCUUAAGUAAGCAUUUCUGCCUAGUAUUUUUAAAGCCCGAUAUAUAUUCUUAAAAUGAUACUGCAUAAAUUUAUUUUACCUUUCUCUUAAGAAAGGAAGGAAGGGUAAGCAUAUUGGUUAGGAUAGUUCUAACCAGCUGCAGUGAAGUGGUGGUUCUCUCUGCCCUGCCCAAGGGUGAUUUUGAGGGAAGAUGUUCAUGACUUUUUGGUUUGAGUGGAGAUACAUCAGCUAGAGUGUUUGUGACUGAUUGGAAGGGUGUUUCAAGUUCCCUAGACCCAAACAGCUAGGCAGAGAUCUUAAAGGAGCUAAAAUCAAGCGCAGUAGUGUCUGUGGUGCUUCUGAAAAGUGUCAGUUGACUGGUGUCUCGUUUGUUCUGCACUAAGCUGGUUCCUAGUACAGAUGUUGAACUCCUUUCCUCCAGAGAGCUCACUGUAGCUGUUGGCACAGAACGUACCAUUGGGUGCAAGUAACGUGUUUAUGGCAUCUUCCUGUGUGCAGAUGGGUACAAAUCCAUACCUUCAGUGUCGAAGGACUUUACAAACUUUUAUAGAAAGUCUUUUAUUAUCCCCACCAUGUGACUAGAGACACUGAGGGCAGAUGGGGUGCAGAGCAUGGAGAAUGAUGAACUUCCGCCAGAGGAUGGGAUGGAUUGGUGUGGGGUUGUACUUGUUGGCGAGCGCUGCAGCUUUUUAUUACGUCUUUGAAAUCAAUGAGACUUACAACAAACUGGCACUGGAGCACAUUCAGCAACACCCCAAGGAACCGCAGGAAGGAACCACAUGGGCGCACUCCUUGAAAGUGCGCCUGCUCUCCUUGCCUUUCUGGCUGUGGACCGUCAUAUUUUUAAUACCAUAUUUGCAGAUGUUCUUGUUCCUCUAUUCCUGUACCAGAGCUGACCCCAAAACUGUUGGGUAUUGCAUCAUUCCUAUCUGCUUGGCUGUCAUUUGCAAUCGUCAUCAGACAUUUGUGAAGGCCUCUAAUCAGAUCAGUAGGUUCCAGCUGAUUGACACUUAGCUCAGUUUCCAGUUUCUGUAGCUGUUCUGAAGUGAUUGCUUAAUGCCUGAUCUAAUCAUGAGACUGACCUUCUGAGUGAAGGCUGGAAAGAGCCUUUUCUUUCUUAAGCAAUGAAGAGAAUGACUGUUUUCUAUUUAAAAAAAAAAAAAAAAGAA